UCGCCUGUUAACGCGGACAUGGGUGUUCCUCUCUACGCAGUAUUUCCACGCAUUAUCGGUUCCUGCUCGCGCUAGUUCAACAUUAAUCCCACCGUCACCAGGUCCAGCGCCUAUUUGAGAACAACUCUUGAGAAGUUUCUAAGCCGACCCGCAUGCCCGUACUUUUACGCGGAUUAAUGAAUUGAGGGCGAAUGUGGCAGGAAUGGUUGACGGCAGGAGUGCGCCGCGUCCUCCUCCCAAGCAAGUUGAAGCAGCUCCGGGUUCAUUGUUGACCAUGUUGGCUUCUCCUCGGAGUUUUUAAUUCAACACAAACGGGAGUUAAUGAGCAACCUGGAGCGAGGAGGAACAAUGGCAUCGAAGGAGAGGCUGUACGAGCUGUGGAUGUUGUACUACACGAAGAAAGAUGUGAGUUAUCUGCAACAGUGGCUUGAUGCAUUUGUAGCAUCCUUUGAAAGGCUCAUAGAUGUGCACUCACUCGAGCCGCGGAGAGUGGAGGAGUGCACUUCUGAGGUGCCUCUGCUCCCCAAAGAGGUCCUGGUGUUCCUCAGCACACAGCUUUGGCAAAGUGCAUCACAUCUGUCAAACACCCAUGACCAUAUCAGUAACACCCCCCACCCUCUACUCCUCAUAAAAUUCUUCAUCAUUGUCUGCAGAAACAUGGAGAACAUUGAUCCAGAGAAGACUCCUGGUUUUGUUUUUGAAACGAUCAAGCUUUUGAAUUUUUGUUUGCAUCAGAUAAAGAAUGGUGAGGGGGAGCAGUCAACGCUGCAGUCCGUUGUGUAUUUCGGACUAGUGCUAUGCGAGAGUGUCUUUGACCCGUAUCAGACGUGGAGGAGACGUCUGGCAGGAGAGGAGGUUAGCUUGCUGGAGAGGAACAAGUACAAAUUCUUGCCGCUGCCUCUGCCAGAGGAGCUGACUGCUCUGUUCCACGAAAGUCUGCAGGACAGUGAGAAAAUCCCAGAGCUUCUCACACUCAGGCUAGUUCAUCUUCAGGGAGCUAUCAUUAGUGGGGGCAAGAAUAAUGGUCUCCUGGCUGUCACCUCUCACUCUGUUGAGGACCUCUUUUCAGUGCUACAAGUUUGGUGCUGCAGGGGCGUUCAUCAGUCGAAGGACACGACGCUCCCUCGGCUGACCUUGCAAUGCCUGACCGCAAUGAUCCACUUGCUGCAUUUUAGCAGCCCUUCAGAGCGACAAGUUAACAUAAAGACCAUACUGCAGAGUUUUUUUCAGCUCCUUAACUGGAACCGUCCACUGAGCAGUGAACUGCAAGACAGGCAGAACUCUGAGGAAAGCCUGAUCUUGCUUCAGAGCUUAAUGCUGACUGCAGUACCUGAGAUCCUGCAGUGUUCGGACCGGCCUGCCCUCCAGGCUGUCUUCCUGAACAACAACUGCUUUGAACACAUCCUCAGGCUAAUACAGAACAGCAAGCUCUUUCAGAGCAACAGGCUUAGGCCGAAGAGUGAGUGUGACCUCACUACAAGUUUACUCACAGAGGUCAAAGUGGACCAGGUGCUGGAGCGAGGUUCGGACAGCAUCACAGUGCACGCUUUAGGAGUUCUAACAGCCAUAAUGAGUAACUCGCCCACUGCCAAGGAGACAUUCAAGGAGCGGAUUGGCUACUCCCAGCUAUUUGACGUGCUCAAGAGUCAAGGUCAACCCACCAAAAGGCUGCUGCAGGAGCUGAUGAACAUGGCAGUGGAAGGCGAGUAUGCCCACGCACACCAUUUAGGCAUUAGUAAUGACCAACCCUUGCUGCUGCUUCUGCAAUGGCUCCCUGAGUUACACGGCCAUAGAGAGCUUCAGCUACUGGUAGCACAGUGGCUGGCCACUGUAUGCGGCGGGUCCCUAUCAUGUCGGACUGUGGCAGUAGAGGCAGGCAUGGUAGGGGCUCUCCUCCAGGUGCUCUCGCAGCCCCAGCACUUGGACAAGCAGUGUGCAGAUGCUCUGCUGGGGCUCCUGCAAGACCUGGGCUCACUUUGUUUGAAGCCCGAAGAGUUGAGGAGCCUUCUCAAACUGCUCAGAUUGGAUCAGGAUAAAGGUGUGCAUCCGUUCUGCACUCGCAUCAUCCAAGUGCUCUCGGCGAUGGCGGCGCGAGAAGGUCGGGAUAGUGCCUUGCAGUACUUUGACCUCACACCCCCUAUGGCGGGUAUCAUGGUGCCCACAGUCCAACGAUGGUCAGGCAGCAGCUUUGCCUUUCACGCCUGGCUCUGCCUCAACAUGGACUUCCCCCAUAACCCUCAGGUGGACUUAAACAAACCUGCCAACUCGGUCCCACCAAGUCAACAUGACAUGGGAAAAGGACCACGCAGGAAGCAGCUAUACAGUUUCUUCACAGCUAGUGGAACUGGACUGGAAGCCUUUUUCACAAUGGAGGGUGUGCUGGUCGUAGCUGUUUGCACUAAGAAGGAUUACAUGGCUGUUGCAUUGCCAGAACUCCCACUAGCUGACUCACGCUGGCAUUCAGUUGCCAUAGUCCACAUUCAAGGCCGUCGUCCUUUUGGUCAGAACUUGGUCAAUAUCUUCAUUGAUGGAGAGUUGUCUAAAACAGCUCAGAUUCGCUUUCCAUCCUUAAGUGAGCCUUUUACUUCCUGCUGCAUCGGCUCUGCAGGCAACCGGACCACCACCACCACGACCUCGCCUAAUCUUUCCACAUCCCUUUCCUCCAGCCAAUCCCCUGAAUUUGCCUUUCCGGCCACCGCCCCCUCCCUAAUCCGCUCGCAGUCCUUUCCAGUCACCUUCUCAGGGGGCCGUUGGGGUUCUCUUAAUGACUCCACGGUGCAUACCAUCCCAGCGGGGCUGCAGGACACAGAGUGGGGAACACCCUCUUCCCUGGAUGGACUCCUGGGAACUGCCUUCAUCUGCCAUGAAGCUCUGCAGCAAGGCCAGACAAGAAUGUUGUACACUGCAGGCCCAAAUCACGUGCCCUUAUUCAAAGCAGAUGGAGAGUUGUCUGAUCUUAAUGGCAAACUUGUGCUCUACUACACUCCUCAGGCAUUCAAGAGUCAAAUAUGCUUAGAUUUGUCACCUAAUCAUCAAUAUGACGGACGUCUAACAGGACAUCGAGUCAUCAAUUGGGACAUUAAGGAUGCCAUCAAUGUGGUUGGGGGUAUAGGGGUUCUGCUGCCCCUCCUCGAGCAAGUAUGCGAGGAAGAGCAGGUGUACAACAGCGCUCAGGAGAUCUCAGAACUGCUCGGUCCAGAACUGACAUCAUCGCGAGGCCCGGCUGCCAUGCUGCUGCCACUUAAGUCUUCAGAAGCGAGACUGGAGAGGAAUAGUAUCGCGUCCUUCUUGCUGAUGAUGAAGAACAUGAUCCGUCGUCAUCCUGUCAAUCAGGAAAGCUUGCUGCAGUGCCACGGGCCUAGCAUCAUCGGCGCCAUGCUGAGCAAAGUCUCAGGCAGUAUGAUGGACAUGAAUGUUUUGAUUGCAUGUCGGCUGCUACUCGACCAGGUUUUUAACGAGGGAAAUGGGCCGCUUCUGCAGCAGUUCUACCAGCAUCUGCUCUUUGAUUUCCGCAUCUGGACCAGAAGCCAUUUUGCUGUUUGUCACGAUCAUGUCCAGUUCAUAUCGUCCGUGAUCCAUAAAGGAAAACAGCGCCUCAAGAGGAAAUAUGGAGUUCAGUACAUUUUGGAUACCAUUCGCACUUACUACAGCACAGAGAAGGACGGUGGCUGUCUUUAUGACGAGAAGCAGAUGAUUCAGACAUCUCUGUUCGCGUUGCUGAAAGACUUCCUCAAGUCUCCUACAGCUGAAGAACUCCACAGUGUCCUUGCUUACAUUGUGAGUGCGGGAGAUGAGCAACAGGUGGUAAAGGCCUUGGAUGUGCUCUAUGAGCUUUUGCGGAGCAGCCCUCCGCGUGAACAUGUGCAGGCUGUGCUGCUGGAGUGGGGAGUGGAACAACUUUAUAGUGUUCUUCUCAACCAAAGCUUUGGAGAUCGGGCUAGAGAGAUGGUCUUCAGAGUUUUGUACAAAAUCCUCAAGAGCGAGCGCGUGUCCGAGCGCAACAAGCAGCGCCUCAAACUAAAGGACUUCGGCUAUCUCGGUUUGGUGUUUUUCCUUGAAGACAUUCCUGUAACCAUGACUACUGUGCGCUGUCUGUACGAGCAGGUCCUUGCUACAGACUCGAGUCCGAACUUCAGAGACCUCCUGGCUGUAGUGUGUCUAUCCCACCGAGCUGACCUGGCAGUCCGCCUGGAUGUUUGCCGCAAGCUCUUUCACCUCAUCUAUACCGGCGAGGAUUACGUGAAGCAGCUUGCCAAGCAACCCGGUUGGCAAGAUGUUCUCACCAAGCUCUAUGUGAAGGAGUCCUACGAGUCUUACGCUGCCAGCAUCGCUGGCUCCAGUGAGGCAAACCUGAGGCCUACUUUGCGUCGAGACCAGAGUCUGCUAAUCGAGGAUGCUCGGACAGGGAUCUUUCUGAAUUACGGCACAUCGCAGGAAGAGGACGAUGACGAGGAAGAAGAGGAUGGCGGCCAGCAAGAUAUCUCAGAAGGAUACUCUGAUUUAUCCCAAUCGCCGCUCGGUGGACUGGGAGGCCAGCUGAAGAGCUUCAAAUCAUUCGAUUCUGCAGACCAAGAGAGUCACUCGUCCUCCCGCUCCAAUUCCAUGGUGGUCGAUAUUGCUUCAUCCCGCUUUGAUGAGGAAGGGAGAGAUUACCAGCCCUUCUCACCGUAUGGAAUGUCGCCGCCUUUUGAUUUGGAGCUAGGUAGUUUAGGGGAAAUGAUCACCCCAGCAGGUAGCCUCUCAAACACUCCAUCCCCUCUGGAGCACAGCAAACCCUUUCCACCGCUUAGACCCAGAAAGAGUUCCAGUCUAUCUAACGUUCUGGACCACACCAGCUACGGAACGGACCCUCCCACAGGAGACACUAUCUCUAACACGUCCAACCCACAGCAGACACCAGAAGAGGAGCUCUGCAACCUGCUCACCAACAUUAUCUUCUCCGUGCUUUGGUGCGGCAGUGGGGCGGAGGGGCCCGAGGACGUGAUUUGGAGAGAGAGGGGGCAGGUGUUUUCUGUUCUCACUAAACUGGGUUCUUCCUGCCAACUCGUUCGUCCGCCUGAUGACAUUAAGCGCAGUCUGCUGGAGAUGAUGCUGGAAUCGUCUUUGUCCGACCUGAGGGAUGCCCAGGGAUUGUACCUGCCCUUUUGUCCCAGUCUAGUGAGACUCCUCAGGCUACUGCAGGACUUCCUCUUUUCUGAGGGGACCAAUAAUCAUACGCUAUGGAGUGAAAAGAUCUUUGAGGGGGUGGUAAACCUACUGGACAAGUUGCAGGCCUGGCACACCACCCCUGGCAGCCCCGGCAGCACCGAACUCAAGGAGAUGUCCCAGAUCGGCCUGCGCAUCAUCACCGGUUAUAUCCAACAGCAGCAGUCACAGGUUUGUGUGAUGGCUUUCGUGAAGCUGCAUAGCCUUCUGCAGACAGUGUUGUGUCUCAGCUGGGAGGAGGUCUGCUUCUUGCUUGGACGUAUUGGUGUCCCCUUGUGGCCAGAAAAAGAUGCAAAAGGGAGCAACAACACUGAGCAUGCAGAGAUGUUCGCCCAAGUGGUCCCAGUCGUGCGUGCUCUUCUGGACCAGCACGCAGACCCAGUAACGGUCCAACAGCUGCUUCCUAGUCUGCCUAUCACUAAUGGCAGCACCACCUUUGCCCAGGAUCUGAAGGCCUACUGCCACACACUAGAGUGGCAAAGCUUUUACCAGCAGCAGGUUCAACCCACAAUGGAGCAGUAUGAGCUGGACACAUUUGGCCGAAGUCACGACAUCAUGUCCAAUUUUUGGAAUUCCUGUUUCGAUGACCUCAUGAGUACAGCCUUCCGUCGCGACAAAGACAGAUCAGACAGCAAAGCAAAGUUUCAGGAAUUGAUCGUCGAUCCCUACCUGAAGCGUGUUCGAAGUGAGAACGGACGCUACGUCAGCUGGCAAAAGCAGAGCUCUAACCACCAGGGGGUGGUGUGGCAGCACUGGAAGGCCCUGCGAAGGCUCUUGACCAGCGAGAGAGCAGUGUGGGCCAAGAAAAUCCAGCCUGAAGUCAAAUGGAUGCUGUCCAGUGCGGAGACGUAUUCCAAAAUGCGUCUCAAACUUGUUCCCAACCACCACUAUGACCCCCACACCGAGGCCAGUGCCCAAAGGGACAACAUGGGCGUGGACAGUCCACGUUCUGAGCCGCUCCCUUUGGCUGUAGCCAAAGAAGCCAAAGUAAGCGAUAUGGAGGAUGACCAGUUAGGAGAAGAGGAUCUUGUCUUUUUAAACAACAACGUUGAGGUCGAAGAUGAGAGCCAAAAAGAAAAGCUGGUUUUAUCCGAAGACUGUGAGCUCAUCACUAUUGUAGCCAAGGUUCCCGGUCGCCUUGAGGUUACCACGCACCACCUUUAUUUCUACGACGGCAGCAUUGAGAAAGAGGAAACAGAGGAAGGAAUUGGUUUUGACUUCAAACGGCCUCUGUCUCAACUCCGAGAAGUCCAUUUGAGGCGCUACAACCUGCGUCGUUCUGCACUGGAGCUCUUCUUCAUCGAUCAGGCUCACUAUUUCAUCAACUUUAAGAAGAAGUUGCGUAAUAAAGUCUAUUCAAGGAUUCUGGGGCUGCGCCCUCAUAAUCUGUUUUACUUUGGAUCCCGAUCACCCCAAGAGCUGCUGAAGGCAUCAGGCCUCACACAGAAAUGGGUCUUCAGGGAAAUAUCCAAUUUUGAAUAUUUGAUGCAACUCAACACCAUUGCUGGGCGGACUUACAAUGACCUAUCGCAAUAUCCUGUGUUCCCCUGGAUACUCUGUGACUACACCUCCCCUGUUCUGGACCUGGAAGAUCCGUCAGUUUUUCGAGACUUGUCCAAACCUGUCGGUGUGGUCAACCCUCGCCAUGCACAGGCCGUCAAAGAGAAGUAUGAAAGCUUUGAGGACCCAGCGGGCACUACUGACAAAUUCCACUAUGGCACACACUACUCCAACGCAGCAGGAGUCAUGCACUACAUGAUCCGCAUGGAGCCUUUCACCACGUUGCACAUACAGCUGCAGAGUGGCAGGUUCGACUGUGCAGACCGACAGUUCCACUCGGUGGCAGCAGCCUGGCAAGCUCGCAUAGAAAGCCCGGCUGAUGUCAAGGAGCUUAUACCGGAGUUCUUCUACUUUCCGGAAAUCCUGCAGAACAUGAAUGGCUUCGACUUGGGAUCCUUGCAGAUAUCGCAGGAUCCAGUGGAGGAUGUUCUGUUGCCCCGGUGGGCCUCUUCAAGGGAAGACUUUAUCAGAAAGCACAGGCAAGCUCUGGAAAGUGAGUAUGUGUCGUGUCAUCUGCACGAGUGGAUUGACCUGAUCUUCGGCUUCAAGCAAAGAGGAGAAGAGGCAGUGAAAGCUCUGAAUGUCUUCUACUACUGUACCUAUGAAGGUGCUGUAGAUUUGGAUGCCAUUGCUGAUGAGACAGAGCGCAAGGCACUUGAAGGCAUGAUUAGCAACUUUGGACAAACGCCUUGCCAACUCCUGAAGGAACCUCACCCGCCACGUAUGUCGGCUGCAAACGCGUCUCGGCGGCAGUCACGCCUGGACUCUGUCCCGGUUAACAUCUUCGAUCACCUCGAUAAGCUACGCUCAUUUGUGGAGGUUGUGAGUGAUGGCAUCCCUCUGGUCCAAGCGGUCGUACCAAAGAACCAGAACCGGUCUUUCCUCAUACCUGGUUCAGAUGUACUGGUGACAGUGAGCUUAAAUGGGUUAAUAGGAACACACAGCUGGCUGCCAUAUGACAAGAACAUUGCCAACUACUUCACCUUCACCAAGGACCAAACCAUUGCUAAUCUUAAGACACAGCGUUUUGUAGGCGGGCCUUUCUCUUCCGACGUGGAGCUCAGUGCUCAGGUUUUGGUUGUGUCGAAUGAUGGGCGUCUGCUGUUUAGUGGCGGACACUGGGACUGCAGUCUUAGGGUCACGCAGUUGGGCAAAGGCAAACUCGUGGGCAGGAUCUGUCGACACAUUGAUGUUGUCACAUGCUUAGCUUUGGAUCUAUGUGGUAUCUACCUCAUCUCUGGCUCAAGGGAUACAUCUUGUAUAGUGUGGCAGGUUCUACAGCAGGGUGGCUUUUCGAGCACGUUGUCUCCUCGACCUGUCCAGGUGCUAUGUGGACAUGACCAGGAAGUCACCUGUGUGGCCAUCAGCACAGAACUGGACAUGGCGGUCUCAGGCUCAAAGGAUGGGACCGUAAUCGUGCACACAGUCAGACGAGGUCAGUACCUGAGGACAUUGAGGCCUCCAGGUGAGCCUUCCCACAUCUCUAAACUCCAGGUUAGCAUGGAGGGUCACGUUGUGGUGCAGACAUCGCGGGGGGAGCAGUCCAAUAGAAUGAAGGGCAAGGACUCCAUCCAUGUUUACUCUGUCAACGGCUGCCUGUUGUCUUCCUUCACCACCGAGGAGCAGGUGUGUGCCUUGCACCUGGUGUCUGAAUACGUCAUCCUGGGCACCAUGCAGGGCAGACUACAUAUCCGCCACCUGUGCAGCCUGGAUGCUGCAGUCCCACCAUUGGCCUUGAAAGUCCCUGUGAGAAGCGUGUUUGUCACCAAGGAAAGCAGUCACAUCCUGGUGGGCCUGGAGGACGGGAAGCUGAUAGUGGUGGGGGCGGGAAAGCCGGAGGAGGUUCGCUCAGGGCAAUUCUCUCGCCGCCUGUGGGGGUCCACACGCCGCAUUUCUCUAGUGUCCGCCGGCGAGACCGAAUACAACCCCGUCGCCGAGAGCGCCGGCAAAUGAGAGCGGAGAUGCGCUACACCCACGCGCUUAUUUUGGCUUUCUUUUUACAAGCCUGGGAACUUCUGAGACCAUCUGAACACUCAGCACUUUUUUUGUUUUUUGUUUUCUAUCUGGGAAGACUUUUAUAUUUGAUUGUGGAGUACCCCCUGGUUUUAAUCAGCAUCAUUCCAAAGAGUGGCCUUGUUUUUAAGAGGCAGAAAAACUUGGCGUUUGAGCUUGAAAACUGCUGUCAGAAUGUACAAACCUUUCACGAGGGACACAAACACACACAUGCAAGCAUGACUUUUUUCACUUUCUGUGCCAAUGCCUCUUAACCCUUUAUAGGGCACUCAUUUAACUGAUUGGCUGCCAUUGCCGGCUCUAGAUGCGCAGUCCAUUUUGACUGUGUCAAAAUUCAUAAAUGGAUUGGGCGACUCUCGCACUGAAAUAUGAGCAUUCACAUUUAGUCCUACCAGUUUGAAUGAAUUGGACAUCUACCAUUGUCAGGCAAUAAAUACUAGGGAUGUCCCAAUCCAAUCACAUGAUCGGAAAUCAUGCCGAUCGCGCAAUUUUUCAGAGGAUCAGAAUCGGGUGAAAGGAUCAGGUUUUAAUUUAAAACGUAUAUUUAUGUUUUUCUGCUUCAUGCUCGUACAGCGCCACCCCCUCCCUCCUGCUAAGCAGUGUAGGCAAACUGUCCAGUGCAGCUUGCGUUUGGUACUUAAAUUUAACGAUGAUUGACAGGUUUGUAGCUUUGAUCUUGCGAGAGAAGCUUGGUAGCUCUGCGAUCAAAGGCAUAAAUGUGUCAAUCAUCGUUAAACUUGGCAGCCCAGACAUAAGUGUGCUGUGGCAACUCAUCGUUUUAGUGAGAGACUGUUCUCAGCAGCGUGAGUGUUAUAGCGUGAGUGGUUUUGAGUCGACUCGCUCAAUGAAGCAUUUAAUAAAGACAAGCAUUUCUCUACGUUAUUCUCGUUUAAAAAUAAUUCAGAUUACGAAGGCGGCACAGUGGGAUAGUAAACUAGACUUCAUAAUGUAAUGACGGGGCGGGGGGCUGAUUAAUAGGGGGCCUGCAUUGUUUGCGUGGCCAUCAAAGCUGACCGAGUGGAGUCGCAGACCAAGAGCUUUUUUCGUUGAAAAUUUUUGUGAAUAAAUGCUUAAAUCCCUGAAUUCUUUAUAAAUAUGGACGUAAAACGAUCUCGAUUCUUGGUUAAAAGUAAAAAAAACCAAAAAAACAUGCAGUUAGCAUUUUUUUUUAACGUAAAUAUGUCGAAGUACGAUGCUUGUCUGUCAGUCAAUGUGGCGGCCGCAUAUGUAAACAGAGCUUUUCCAGUGAAAAUUCAUGUAAAUAAAUGCUUAAAUCUCUGAUUUCUUUAUAGAUAUGGAUGUAAAACAGCCUUGAUUCUUGGUUAAAAGCAAAAAAUAUGCAGUUAGCAUUUAUUUUACGUAAAUAUGUCAAAGUACGAUGCUAGUCUGUCAGUCAAUGUGGCAGCCGCAUAUGUAAACAGAGCUUUUCCGGUGAAAAUUCUUGUGAAUAAAUGCUUAAAACCCUGAAUUAUUCAUAGAUAUGGAUGUAAAACAGAUGAUUCUAUUCUAUUCUUGGUUAGUAGUAAAAGAUUCGAUCCGAUUCGAUUCUUGGUUAAAAGUUAAAAAAAAAAACGUGCAGUUAGCAGUUAUCCUACGUAAAUAUUGCAAAGUAUAAUUUUGUAGCGGCUAAUUUCUCCCAUUGUUUUUUUUCACAACGUUUCAAAAUGAAUGCAUGGUACGAAAAAUGUAAUAAUUAACUUGAAUCCUCGAACAAAUCACUCCUGAGACAAUCCUUCCUGUUUGUAUGCGGUACAGCUUUCGUACUUUUUCACCCUAAAUCCGGCAUUGGAUCCCUGCAUGUGGUGACUAACUGCGACCGACUGCGAAUAACUGAAGCGGACUUUAGGACAGCCCCCUAAUUAAAGGCGUUGCGCAGUGGCUGACGAAGGUGCUCCGUCAAUACAAUUAUGAAGUCUAUGACAGUUACAUGUUUGAAACUUUUGUUAAAAUAAUAACAAUAAAUAAAUAAAAAAUUGGUAUCGGAUCAGGACUAGGUAUCGGCUGAAUCAGGUGACUUGGACUCAAAACAUGCGAUCAGGACAUCCCUAAUAAAUACUAUGAAAAAAAUAAUCAAUUUUAGAAUGAUAUUGGGAGCAUUUACCGGAGUUUAUUUCUGUUUCUAUUAGUUAAAAAUGUUUUUAUGAGAAAUGUAUUAAUUUAUCAUUUUAUUUAUUCAUAAAAAUACAUAUUAAAAAUGAUGAUUAAUGAAAGAUAAUUAAUUAUAAUUACGCCUUGGCAUCCACGAAUGCCAAAAUGUAAUGUCCACAUAUGGUUGCCACAUCUUUUUUUAUUCUAAAAAAAAAACAGUCACUUGUCCUAUAAAGGGUUAAAACUCCUGCAAACUUGAAAAUUUGUUCAGAGCCGUCUUAUGCAAUACUGCUGAAUACCACUUGAUGUCCACCGCAGUGCCCUAGCAUUUAGCCCUGUUGUCUUAAAAACGGUAAUGCUGUUACAUUUUAAAGUACUUUAAUGGUCAAGAACGUAAUUCACAUUCACUUUGUCAUUAAUGUGAAUUAAGAGGAACUUUGCUGCUGUCUGGCACAAUGUGGCUAAUGAAAUAAUUUUAUUUUCAAACCUAUUUACAGUCCUCACAAAAGGUUGAGCAUUUUUACGGUGAAUUUUAAGGAUGAACCUGAAAUGCAGUAGAACUUCACCAGGUGAAACUAAUUGAACUGUUUCUUUUUGGAACUAUCGGCAGCGUUCAGACUGCGGGCAUACAGUAUCUGAUUCCAAUCGGAUUCCCAUUCAAAUCUGAUUUUUAGGACUGUUCACAAUAUUUUUAGCAAGUGUCCAAAUCAGAUCUGGGCCUGUUCACACUGGGCCACAUUAUUGACACACCUGACGCCAUCCAUUCCGUGUGACGUCACAAACAAUCAAAUCUCAUUUUAGCUGUUCAGAUUGACAACCAAAUCUGAUAUGAAACUAUCUCCCAUAUGUGGUUUCAAUCAUAAGAGGAUUUUAAGGGGGGGGCAGGCACCCCUGGUGGCCAAAAAGUGUCACUGCAUGUAAUUGACACACACACACACACACACACACACACACACAUAUAUAUAUAUAUAUAUAUAUAUAUAUAUAUAUAUAUAUAUAUGUACAGUAUAAUAUAGAAGUUGUAAAGCAAUAAAACUGCAACAAAAAUGAAUGAAAUGAACAAAAAAACAUUUUUUUUAAGGGUCAAAAUUAUUUUUCGAGCGCCUUAGACAGUCAUUUGAUUUGGAUAUAAUUUAACAUAUAUAUAUGUAUAUAUGUUAGAGAAAAAAAAAAUUCAAUGAUUUUUUUCUUUGAUUGAAUUUUUUUUUUUUUUUUUUUUUUUUUUUUGACUGAAGCAACUUUUUGGGGGAUUGAAUGAUUUAAACACAAAUGUCCUAAUCAUAAUAUGGCCCAAACACAAAUAGGAUUGCUUCAACCAAAGAAAACUUUUUCAAUGAAAAAUAAAGUGUUCAAAUGCUAAUAUUUCAAUCUCAAAUAUUUUGUCGCAUUAAAAAACUUUUUUUCUAUGAUGGAAAUUGUUCUUUUUUUGAUUGAAGUGAUUUUUCUCUUUGAAAAUCUAUAUUUUUUUUGAAGCAACUUAUUUUUGAUUGAAUAAUAAAGAGAAAAAUGUCCUGGCCAAAAUGUGACCCAAAAGUUGACUUCAAUCAAAAAAUAAUAAUAAAUAAAUAAUCAAAGAAAAAUAGCUUUCACAUGCAUUUUUUGAGUUUCAAAUUUAUUUUUGCAUUCAAAUAUUUUUUUUUUGAUUGAAGCGACUUUUUUUUGUUUGAAAAUAUGUAUUUUGAUUGAAGCAACUUUUUUUUUAUUGAAGCAACUAUUUUUUUGAUUGAAUAAUAAAGACACAAAUCUACCACCAUAUGGCUCCGGCCAGGGGUACAAUUUUUGAUUGGGGUAACUACAUUGGCUCGACACUGGCGGGCGUACCAAAUUCAAUGGAUGACGAUCUUGGCGAAAAGUAUUGCCUAAGCCGCCUGAUUUAGAAUUCCCCUCAAGAAUGACAGGAAACAAAAAAAACGCUCAUUGUCAACUUAUUAUUAUAAAUAUUCUUGUAAGUUAAUUUUAUUGCUGACACUGCGUUUCGGGGUCAUCAACAUGUUGUGCCCCCCCGCCCCAAAAGUCAAACUCCGCCUAUGGUUUCAAGCCGUCUUCCAAAAAUCAGAUUUCCGUGCUUUGUGACUGUUGAAACUACAAAAGACCCAUCCAGUUUCAUUCUGGAUGGGCUAAAAAUUUUGCCUGCCAGUCUGAAUAAGGCCUUAGAGUAGGGCAAAUGAAGUCCACUCGUAAAUGUUAUAGUGCAUUUUAGGUUCAUCCUGAAAUCACAUGCUAAAGCAUUAAAAAGUUUUUGUCGAUGGUGCAUUAAUAUUAUUUACACCAUAAAAUGUGCCUUUUUAGCCAGUGGUUUAAUAUAUGAACAUUGAUCGCAAUCAUUUGGCCGAGCUCACCAUAUGCCUCCUGUUUGAAGCACGCAUACACACACGCGCGUGAGUCACAUGAGUAAAAGAUGGUUUUAAUGACAUGAAGUCAAGUGUUGGCUGCUAUUGCGCUGUUUAGAAAACAUCUGAGGCCCAAAUGAGAGCUUCAGAAGAAUUCUUCUGCUGCGGUUGGAACGCGGUUGUUGUUAUGCAGUGUCAUGACAAAGCGCCCAAGUGUUUGGGUCAACGUGAGAAAAACAAAAAACAGUCGAGAAGCCUUUGCAAGAGCUCUGAGAGUUGAUCCUUGUUCAGUUUCUUUAGUCUUAUUGUUGCAUGAAUACAUUUUUUUAAUGCAGUUUGCCCUUUGAAUAUUGUGCUCUAAAGGUUAUGAAUGUAACAUUUCACCUUGCUAUGAAUUCUCCAGGUUCCUGCUAGGUUUACUGUAAAUACACUCUGUAUAUGUUUCUGGUGUUGUGUGAUUUUAAGUUAAUGCUUUGGACCAGCACUGCCUUUUGAUUUCUAUUAUUCGACCAAUGUAUUGUUUUUCUUGUGUCUAUUGAAAAUACAUUUUACUAUACUUUACUAAGAUGACUUUUUUCUUGUAUCUUGAGCACUGUAGAGUUGAACUUCUAGAACAGGGGACCGAAACCUAUGGCUCGUGAGCCAGACAUGGCUCUUUUGACGACUGCGUCUGGCUCGCAGACAAAUCUUUAAUUAUAAAAAAAAAAAAAAAAAGUUUCGUUAGACUCCUUUCCGCAUUGCGUGAAACGGCGACUAUCUAUCUAUCUAUCUAUCUAUCUAUCUAUCUAUCUAUCUAUCUAUCUAUCUAUCUAUCUAUCUAUCUAUCUAUCUAUCUAUCUAUCUAUCUAUCUAUCUAUC